AUGCCUGCUCUUCUGGGCCGCAAAACGAUCAUAGCAAAGUCAGCCGAAGAGAUCUUGUUAAUCGCUGAUAGAUAUAUUACUGAUACGCCAGGAAAGGAAUAUACCGACUUUACGCUCUUAUUGUCUAUUGACUCUGUAGGACAUGAUGACGACCGCGAAAAUUCACUAGGACGAACACCACCAAGCUCUCAUCCACCACGUGCAAAGCAAAUACCACCCCUACGGCCAUUACGUGCAGCCCCGCCCCCGCCGCGUCCAAAUUCAACACCAGCCCCAGGCCCAUCAUGUGCACAGGCAACACCACCUCUACUCCCAUCAGAUGACCAAUCACCUUCCACUCCACUCUCACAACAUGUUCUGUCAGCACGAACCCGACCCCCACCACGCGCACAGCCAACAUUAGCCCCACCCCCACCAAAUAAAAACAGGAGACCAGCCCCACCCCCACCCAAAGUACGGUCAAGGCCAACCUCACCCCCACCACAUUCUGAGUCAACAUCAACCUCACCUCAGCCACAUGCUCAGUCAACAAACACACUCCCACCACAUGUACCUCCACGUUCACCUUCACCUCCACCUCCACUACGUGCUCAGUCAAGACCAACCUCAUCCCAACCGCAUGCUCAGUCAACAUCAACCUCACCUCCACCACAAUCACAGUCAAAACCAGAAGAAGAUUCCGAGGAGAUGGAAGAAGCAUCUAAAAAGCUUGCGAAAAUAUCCAGCUCCUUACCUCCAGUCCUUAUCAGGAAAACUCUUUUUUGCGAUGAACACCGCGUUGGCCGAGGAGAUCCCCCGAAACCGAAAACAAAGAACAGAGGUCGAGGUUACAAGGGAAGAGGCAGCAGUUUUCAGACCCCUGGCCAAGGUUUCCAGGAUGUCGAUCAUCCGUCUCAGUUCUCUCAAAGGCAGUGCUAUUCAGAGGGAGGAGCAAGCCAACAGUAUCAAGAUAAGAGGGAGCUUCAUGGAAGAAAGGCAGGUCAGAUGUUCUCGUCUGACGUCGUCGACAGUAAUCUGGCGAGACACAGCACCUGUGACGACUGUCUACAAGGCCCUUUUGAGGGAGAUGAUCCAAACAGAUCCGGUCAAGGAAACGGCAGGAGGUCUCGGGAAAGUGGUAACAUAGGGUGUGAUCAGAAAGGAAUAAGGCUUGCCCAGAGCCUGUCAAGUUUCACGGAUAGUGGAGAUCAGAGUGCUUGUCAGGCUAAAGCAAAAAAGCAGUCUCGAUUUCAACAAAAUCAGUUACUCGUUAGUGGACUGAGUGCCUGGACGACCGAAGACUGCUUGGUGAACUUCAUCGAGGUAAUGAGCGGUGGAGAGGUGGAGGACGUAAUGCUGAGAAACGAUAAAGCUCUGAUCACAAUGGCCAACGACAUAACUGGUAAGUGAAGUUAAGGUGUGACUUCGCGUUUUUUUGGAGGUUGACAAAUCUCUCUUGUACCUGUGUUUCUCUUGUCUCAGCCCUUUUUAUCAGUUAUGUCCAGGAUUGAACACUAAUGAGAUUCAAAUUCCUUAUGAUAAGCAUCGCA